AUGACCGCCACGAUUGUGAUGACCGCUAUUCUUAUAUACUGUUCCUACAACACCUUGUUUCAGUAUUUAAAGUAUUGCAAGGAUGCGAAGAACAUUAAGGAAGCCUCUGCCCUAGAGGCGAACGACGGCAUUGAUAGCCCCCUAGGCAACUAUACACACCUCUAUAUCGCCGUCUACACGAAGGAGGAUAGGGCUAGCCGCUCGAUCAUUGGCUACAACCUAUUGAACCUACUCGACCACUCUAUCGAGCGCUAUAAGGGCAAGUAUAGAAGAUACUACCGAGCCUUGAUCGACUAUAACGUAAAGAAGGUUGACCUCUAA